CUAGGGGCUUGGACCGGACACCCAGAGGCUAGCCCAAUCCCAGGGCCAGGGAAGCCUUGGUGGGCCCAAACCCAGCCCCUUUUCGUACAGGCCCUCUGGCCACGCGCCCCCUGGAGGAGAUGGAGACCCUGCUGCUGGCCCUCUCCAUCCUGACUGGCGCCUGCUGCCAGAACUGGGGUGUGACCCUGCCCCAGCACGUGACCGGCUGGAGAGACUCCUGUGUGACGAUCCCUUGCUCCUACACCUACCCCAAGGGGCAGCUGGUCAGAAGCGUGACCUGGUGCCGGGGCAAGGAGAAAAUUGUGCAGCUCCCUGGGGCAACGGGGCAGGACUACAGCAAGGCCAAGCGCGCCCAGCUCCUGGGCGACCUGCAGCACAACUGCAGCCUGCGCCUCGGGCCACUGGAGCUGGGAGACGGGGGCACGUACCAUGUUGAGUUCCAGACUGAGACCAAUAAAAUGUGGAGAAGCCCUCGAGCCCUGUGCCUCACGGUGUCAGAACAUCCCUGCAGCAUUGGAAUUGGCUUCGGCAGGACAUCAGGAGCCCUGACGGGCCGCUUGCUGUGCCACGUGUCCGAGCAGUGUGCCUGUUCUAACCUGGCGUGGUACGACAGAGCUGGUGCGCAACUCCGGGAGCAAAAGGCGGGGAGCCGCAGUGCCUACGUGGGCAUGAACAUCAUCUGGCAGCACCGGGGCACGGCGCUGGAGUGCCAGGUGCAGGGCUUCCAGAAAAGAUGCCUCCCCCAAGGGUGCCAGUCCCCAGCCACAGGCCGGCCUCGCCAGCUGAAGGUCCUGGUGGACACGGAAGGCCCGGGCCCAAUCCGGGAGGGCGACUCGUUCACACUGAGAUGCGUGGGGGACAUGGAGCCAUCGCACCGGAGCUACUACUGGGUUCACAAUGACGUGGACUUGCCCUCCGCCUACUCCGUGCGGGUGGAGGCAGCGACCUUGUCUGACAGGGGCAACUAUACCUGCAUAGAGUGGGUCUCCGGGCCCGGGUGGGGCUACCUGGCUGUGUCCCACACGAUCUACGUGGGCAUCCUUGUGCCCCCCGUGGUGCAUGUGGUGGCCACCCCAGGCCCUCAUUGCAGCGCGGGGGAGCCCUUGUCCCUGAUAUGCCGGCUGAACACCAGUGCCUAUGGUGGAGUGGGCUUCUCCUGGUACAAGGACGGCAAGCGGCUGGAAUGGGCAGAGCCAGAGCUGGCUUUUCCGGGGGUCCAAGUGAAGGAUGCGGGGCAGUAUCAGUGUGAAGUGCACAACACCCUAGGGAAAUCCACCUCCCUGCCACUCAUCAUCACUGUUGUGUAUGGCAGUGACUGGUACCGGCUGAGCCCUGGCCCCAUGGCUGGCUUCGGGGCAGGGGUCCUGCUGCUCCUCCUCCUGAGCAACCUCGGGGUUUAUUGCCUGGCCAGGAGAAUCUGCCCCUGGCAGGAACCGGAAGAGACUCUGCCAGUCGAUAAAAAUUGUAUCGACUACACGAUUUGUGGAUCACCCACCUCUUAA